AUGUAUUCGCUGUCUUCUGCCAAUCCCUUUCCACAUGGUUCCCUUCUCCUUCCUCUCCAUCUUCUCCCCUCUCUGUCCUGCCUGCAGUCAGACGUGGGGGGCAUGAAAACCCUGCAGAGGCGCUGGACCACCUUCCUGAAGGCCCAGCUGGUGUGUGAGGACAAGCCCACCGGACAGCGCUACAAUGUGCUUACAGAUGUGUUCACCACGGAGCACCUGCCUGGAGACCCCAGCAGUACACACUUCUAUGGGCUCUUCUCCUCCCAGUGGGAGGGAGCAGACGUGUCGGCUGUCUGCGUCUUCAGCCUGUCUGAUAUUAAUAAGGUCCUGGAUGGUCCUUUCAAAGAACUCAAGAAGUGCGAGAACCGCUUCAAUCCUGAGCCUGUGCCAUCCCCGCGCCCUGGACAGUGUCUGGACCGUGAGCUGAAAGAGGCCGGCUUCGACUCGUCCCUAAAACUGCCCGACAAAGUGCUGACGUUCGUGAGGGAUCACCCACUCAUGGAGAACAGUGUGACUGCAGCGCCCCUGCUGGUGCGCAGGGGUGUACGCUACACCAAGCUGGCAGUGAGCCUUGUGCAGAGAGGGGGCGACGGCAGGGCCCUGCUGCACAUUGGCGACAAAACGAAGUGGGACCUACUGUACACCAGAGCAAAGACCGAUGCAGCUAAGGUGGGCCUCACGCAGCCUGAGGGCUCGCCUGAGCCUGGAGCCGUUUCCGAGCAGGAUGCUAAUAAUGCUAACGAGCGGCUGCUAAUACGCAUGGAGGUAAUGAUGGAGACUAUGCGCACGGACAUUAAGUGUGAGGAUUUGGAAGGAAGGUCGAGAUUGAAUAAUAUUCGCGUGGUGGGUGUCCCGGAAGGCUCCGAGGACUCCCGUCCAACUGUGUUUGUGGCCAAACUGCUCCAGGGCUUGCUCGGCUUGGACGAGGAACCAGUGUUGGAUCGUGCCCACCGUACCCUCCGCCCUAAACCAAAGGACGGGGAGCUUCCUCGCCCGUUUGUUGUGAGAGUGAAUAUGUUUCAACAACGCUGCGUAAUCCUAAAAAAAGCUGGAUCAUCUGGACCCUUAUUUUACAAAGGAAAGAGGGUUUCAAUCUUCCCGGAUUUCACUACUUCUGUGGCCAAGAAGCGAGCUGCUUUUGCCAAAGUCAAGAAGGAGCUUCACUCGUGUCCUGGUGUGAAGUUUGGACUUUUUUAUCCAGCGAGACUGCAUAUUACUCCUCCGAGCGAACAAACUCACAAAUUUGAAGACCCGACAUUGGCUAUGGACUUUGUGCUGAAACGUUUAAAAACUGUGGUGAUCCCGGAGUCUGUUUGA